AUGCGCUUGAUCAUCGUAGAUGCGUUCCUGGAGAGGGAGAGGCAAAUCCAAAAUGGAACAGUCGAAGCUCAACUGGAGGUGUUCGAGCAAUAUAGGGUCCCUCGCGUGGACUAUUGCAUAUUAUCCCAUCGCUGGACAGAUAGCGAAGUAACCUACGAAGAGAUGAGGAGACUCACAAGAAUGGAUAAUAGAGACGAAAUACGAAGCCGGGCUGGUUAUCGAAAGGUCCUGAGGAGCUGCGAACAAGCCAAACACGAGGGUUUUAGAUUGCUGUGGGUCGAUACGUGCUGUGUCGACUUGCUGAACAGCCCGGAGAUGUCCGAUGCCAUAAAUUCUAUGUUCCAGUGGUACCGGAAGUCGAAGCAAUGCUAUGCUUACCUCCACGAUGUUUCUGUCUUUCCCACCAGACCGAAUAACGAGUUGUUUGGAAGGAUUCAACGGGAUGGCCGGAGUGGUUCUCGAGGGGCUGGACGCUUGCAGGAGUUGGUGGCCCCAGAGGAUCUCCAGUUCUUCAACAAAGAUUGGAAGUGCAUCGGCGACAAGCGAAGUUUGGCACCCAAGCUGGCCGGAAAUCACGAAGGUCCCCUUAAGCAUCUUUGCUUGGAAGGACAGCGCGACAUGUGCAAUGCUCGCUGGUCCAAUGGUGUGUUAGCUGACGAUCCCGAGCUGUUUCAGAGACUUGUCACGACUGUCAUCAAGAUGGAACCGAAGGAGUUUUACAAGGGGCUUUUACUUUUGUGGGAGUCAGAUGCAAAAGAACUCGUCACCAGUCAAGAUGAUGAUGGAAUUCCUACGUUCACCGUCACCAAUGGGGCGAUCCAGAUACGUCUUCCCCUUUUACCCUAUUAUGGCUGUCCGUCGGUCUUCCUGGCGGCAUUGGCAUGUCGUAGGGAAAGUGAUUCACUACCGAUGACUAUUGGAUUGGCAAGCUUCGGAUCCAACUAUUAUAGGUACUCCGGUGCAACUGGACCUCUACCAUUAUUUCCCCAGUACCGGCAACUCUAUCUUGCAUAUCGAGACGAAAGGCUUCAGGACAUCACAUUCAAGCCCGAUGACAGGACGGCCCCAUAUUAUGGUUUCACUCACCGUGAUGUAUUCCCGGGCGAGGUGUCACUCGUAGGGGAUUCCCUCACGCUGUCAAACACUAGUCCUCUUGCGAUAGACUGGGUUCACGUCAUAUGCGACGAACAAGGGAUUGAUGUAGAGAAGGUGCAUCGCAGAGUGUGGAAUGCAGGCGCAGAAUAUGCCCGUGUCAUGGCUGAAGUACGCUUUGGUAAAAGCGGCCGGCCUUACUAUGUCAAACACGAGCCACUCCCUCGUACCAUUUGGACUGUGCGAGUUAUCUGUGGAGGAUUGGAGGAAUCGAGCGAUCGCAGAGUCACAGUCGAUGUUGUCCCACUCCCAGGAGGUUAUUGGAAGACGCGCGGGUGGGAGCCUGUAUAUGACAUCGAAGAUAAUAGCCACAUGCCCUGUCUCAUGAAAAAGACAUCUUGGAUUGGUGGCCGCUUUGACAGCCAUACACUACUGGUGGACUCGAUGCCCAAGGUGUUCGACCUCGCUCAUGCUCUGCAAGUGGUUAAGUUGGGCGACUAUGGCACUAUCGCCUCCGACGCCAGUGGCAUGGGCCACUUUGAAUUACAAGGCAACAUUUUCGAUGACUUAAAGUCACACGCCCAUGAGCUUGGCAUAGAUCCGGAUGAUCCAGGCCUCAUGCCCGUGGUGCACACGGUUCAUGGUCCUCACGAAGGCAGCGGGGACACGACAAGUGAUGAUGUGACGACCGAGCUCACCAGUUUUGACGGGGUAAAUGCCGGGUUAACUCUGCGUCAGCCAAGAAGUCUCUCACUCCCGAACACUCAACCUAUCCUUAUAUUACUGAAAGAGUUGUCCACUCGGAUCAGGAACUACUCACUAGUGACGACGGUUGUGCAGUGUUCAUCAUGCUACCCCACCGACGGCUUCAAACUACGGAUCAACUCAGCAGUGCCGCCGUACCCCAAAUUCUGGCAGAAUUAUACCGCAUCGGAUCUUUAUAAAGUCUCCAAUAGUCUGUAUACCGUUACUCCCUUAUAUACUGUCUCCGAUCCCUGGGUUUGGUAUAGAUGUGGGUUAGACGCAGAGGUGGCAGAAGAAUACCGAAGAAUCAGAGAACAGUUCGGCAUCAUACAAGGCCACCUGCCUCGUCAUCAGGAGGAUCCGAAGGAACCAGCAUUCAAAUUCUUGAAGGAUCUGUUUGGUGUUGAGCAUUUGGAAUGUGUCACAUCUACCUGCACGUGGGUUGAGAAACCACCAGGGAACACGCCCGGUGCACCGAAGACCUGCGUCGAGCAACUAGUGAUAAUGCUACUUCGAGCGAUGAAAGGGGUCACGCAUGCGUUCCAGAUGCGCCAGUCAUCAAGGAUGGUGGAGAUGAUGCAUGUGACAUGUCCAAUCAUGACAACGCUUGGUGUCGAGUUCCUUGCAGAUAUCAGUACUGCAUUCCUCGGAGCAAAGGACGUGCUUGACGACAUCAAAUCUACGGAUGGGAAAAAAAGAAACAGUUGUGAAGCUAACGAUUCCAGCGUCCAAUCACUGGUGGACGAGGUGGUGGCUUUGCAAACGCAAUAUCAUAAAUCAAUGGAUGACGUUGAACGACUGGCUCUGGAACAAGAUAUCGUCGGCACGAUCUUACUCGUUUGUCAUUAUGGAAUAUCUCUGGAGAUCCAGCAAACAAUCAGGCAGGAAAGCCCCCCUCCUCACUUCGUCCUUUCAAUUGUACCUGAUGCAAAGCAGGCUAUAGAUGGCAUUUUGAGAUAUGAGACAACAGACAUGUCGGCGAAUUUGCCAGAAAGGAAAGAACGUGUCAAUUGUUUGCAUUUCGUUGGAGAAAUCUUCGAGGACGCAUUUUCUGACGUACCGCCUGAUAACCACUUUCAUCUACGAUGGCCCAUGGGCAACGCCAAAGCAAGGAUAUCGAUGCACAAGCUCUAUCUUGCCACUCGUGUUGGAUGGAAAGUCGGAGGGGCUGGUAGUAUCCAAUCUGAUUGGCAAGGCUCCUCUGGAUGA